CAAGUUUCAAACUGUAACCCAAACCCACAGCAGCAUGAGAUCUGCUGAGAUGUCUAUGAGGAUCCCUGUCUGAUGUGGACACAAAGGUCUGUCACUGGCCAUUACUUCUGCAUGUGUGUGAAUGGACCUAAGCAACUGGAGCCUGCACUGGUUAAAAUAACAGACAUUGCAUUUUCUUUGGGGAGCUGGAAUCUGUGUUGUAAGCCCAGGCUGGGUUGUACGCUAGAUUUCUGAAGGCACUGAGAACGGUCAGCAGGACAGGAGGUGAAAGAAAACUACAGGGAUUCCUGGUUUGUAUCCUGGUAGAGGGAAUACAGGAACGUGACUGGAUGGAUAGCCCACAGUGUGUAAAUGGAAGGCAAGCAUGACAGGGAUUCCAUGCUGGUAAAACAAUAGCGCAUCGGAUUGAAUUGAAUUGCUAUGUGUAAUUGUUCAUGGGAGUUACAUACAUCAGCUUGUAUUUGUAUGCAAAGAAGUGAUCGUAUUGACUAUAGGAACAACGAUCUCAAUCCAGAAGAGAGUGUCGGCUAUAUAACACUGUCUAUUAAACUGAAAGAGACCAGAGGAGAAGACAGUUACGCUGUGCAUGAAGUGGUUCGAAUUCUGGAGUCUAUUUACAUUGAGUGGCGUGUGAAACAUCUUGGUGAAUAGAAGCUGUUGUCGUUGCAAGUUCAGGCUUUGUCCUGAAGACUAAUCCAGGAGGGAACUGGCUUGCUGGUAGUCCAAUGGGGAGUAGCUGUUCCUGCAGCCACACAACGGUCACACAGAUUCAUGUAGUGAAGCCAGAGCCAUUUGCACAGCCGUGUCAAGCAGCUGGAGCAGGCUCUUCUAAACAGCCACACGUACCUGUGGAGACUCGCCCAGUCUUUGAGCUUCACAAUGAGGCUAAUAAGAAGGCCCUGGCGCUGGGGUUAAAGGACAAAACGUGGGACAAAGUCAGAGGAGACAUUCAGGCCCUCGUGGACGGCCGGGAGAGAGACAGAGAGCCAGACCUCUACAGCCAAUCAGGGGCGAGGAGCGAGGGAAUAUUUAAGCUGAGCGAAGACAAAGUGGUCAACUCAGCACGAUACCAGGAGGUGCUGUCAGAGCUGCAGCCUGGAGAGCUCUGGAAGGACCCAGACUUCCCCCCUGCCCCAGCAUCUCUGACCUAUGAAGAGGUUCCACCGCCAGCAAUCCAGUGGCUUCGAGCUUCGCAACUGCACCCGGCUGCCUGUUUCAUGGAGGACGGGGUCAGUAAGGGUGACAUCAUCCAGGGGGAGCUGGGGGACUGUUGGUUUUGGGCCUCUGUGGCCACCAUCCUUCACUCCAGGAAGCUCAUCGAGAAGGUCAUACCCCCAGGUCAGACCAUCACGGAACGGAAGAUCUACACAGCGCUGUUCCGGUUCCGGUUCUGGCAGUUCGGGAGCUGGGUGGAGGUCCUGGUUGAUGACUUCCUCCCGACCCACAAUGGCAGGCUGAUUUACGCCCGCUCGGCCGCUGGGAACGAGUUCUGGCCUUCCCUGCUGGAGAAAGCCUUCGCCAAGCUGCAUGGCUCAUACCGGGCAAUUGAGGGCGGCUGGACGCUGGACGCGCUCACUGACCUGACCGGAGGGGUGGGGGAGAUGUACCGCAUCAGGGAUUUCACCGGCCACCUAGAACAGCUCUACAGCCACCUGGCCACAGCAUCCAGGAAGAAAGCCUUCAUCGCCUGUGGGACCAGCCGGCGGACAGAGUCUGAGCAGAGCGGGAGAGAAGACGGCCUGGUUGCAGGACAUGCCUAUAGCAUCACAGCGGUGAAGAAGCUGACCACUCCGAGGGGGAGGGUGCCCCUGGUCCGAAUUCUGAACCCCUGGGGCUGUGGACAGAGCAUGGAGUGGACAGGGGACUGGAGCGAUGACUCACCGCUGUGGGAUGAGAUCCCGUUGUGGACCAGGGAGUCUUUUGGGUUCACCAAAAAAGAAGAUGGUGAAUUCUGGAUGAAGUUUGAUGAUUUCUGCGAGAGAUUUGCCAAUGUCACUGUGCUCACCCUUGGACCAGAUUUUUACUGUGAUGGCAGCACAGAUGCAGGUAGCCUCCUGGAGGUGAAAGGUCAGUGGGUGUCAGGGGUCAAUGCAGGGGGCUGCCGGAACAACCUGCUGAUGUACCCUAGCAACCCGCAGCACCCAAUCACAAUCCGAGAGACGAGUGAGCAAGCCUUCCUGUCUGUGGCGUGCAAUCUUAAAAUACAGUGCAAGGGGUCGAGGGCGGGGUCCCCUCACUGUGUGGCUCUGCUGCUUGUUGCAGGAGGUCAGGAGGCUGCUGAAGACGAGGGGUGCUCCGUCAUGGUCUGCCUCCUCCAGAAAUUCAUCAGGGGGAAAAGGAGACCGGAGCCAGGAAUGAACCCCAUCGGAAUUCAGGUUUACAAGAGCGGUGACCCCAAGACCCCCCUCACCGCUGAGCUACUGGUUCGACAGAGGGAGGUGUCUGACUCGGGUCCCUACGUGGCACAGCGGAGUGUUAAUCUACGCUGCCAGCUGUCCGCAGGAAGCUACACCAUCAUCCCCAGCACCUUCAACCCGGGAACCCCUGGAGAUUACAUGCUGCGCAUAUUCUCAGGGUCUCCUGUGCAGCUGCACCAGGGACACCACCUCUCUGCCUGUCCGCUGUGAGCAGGCAUCAGAGGGGGCUAGUGAGGGAUCAAAGGAAAACAAAAAAAUCAAACAGUUGCUCGUUGGUUUAAUUAAACAUUGUAUGUCAAGAAAGAGGAAUAUGGCUUGCACGUAUUAUCAGUAGAACAAAAAACCAUUUGUACAAAAUACAAUAAAAAAUAUCUGUCCUUUUUGAAGUACAGUUGAAGAGUUGUCUUACUACAAGUGCUGACUUAGACAAAUAAAACGUGUAUAAAAAUCCGGAGAGGUCAGUUAUAAAGAUCCACCUGAGCAAUUCGGAGAACUGGCAUUGUCCUU